UUUCUUUUUAAUUAAAAAAAGAAAAUUUUAUAAUUAAAAUUAAAAUGGAAUCUCAUCAUGAUGAUACAGUCAGUGGAAAUUCUCAAAGUCCAAUAGAUAUUCCAACAUCAAUUGUUAUUGAAGAUGUUAAUGCUCCAAUUUAUAUUGAUUAUCCAUCAGAUGAUAUUGGAGAAGUUUUAUCAAAUACUGGACAUGGUUGGCAUGUUAAAUGUAAUGGAAGAAAAACUGAAUUUUAUGGAGGACCUUUAAAAAAUAAAUUCAAAUUAGAACAGUUUCAUUGUCAUUGGGGUCCAAAACCUGGUGUUGGAUCGGAGCAUACAGUGGAUGGUAAAACAUAUUCUGGUGAGUUACAUUUUGUCCAUUGGAAUGCCGAAAAAUAUGAUACUUUUGAGGUUGCAAGCAAGGAAAAAGAUGGCUUAGCUGUAUUGGCGGUGUUCUUAGAUGUUGGUUGUGGUAAUUCUGAAUUAAUGAAAAUAACAGCAUUAUUACCUCGUAUUAAGAAUGCUAGUGAUGAAAUAAUAUUAACUGAUUUAGUUGGGAUUAAUUUAGAAAAAUUCCUACCAUGUGGAAGAAACUAUUGGACAUAUUCUGGAUCAUUAACAACCCCACCAUACAGUGAAACAGUCACGUGGAUUAUAUUAGAACAACCGAUUACAAUAUCAGAACAGCAGUUAAAUGUAUUUCGUUCAUUAAAAUUGGGAUCCGAUCAUCAUGAUGUAGCCGAUAGCAAAUCGAAUCAUGACAGCACUAGUACGUUAGCGAAUGGUUGCGUAAGAAAUGGAAAAGAAGAAACCAAAAAAGAAGAUUCUAUAUCUUUACAAAGAUCUAAAAGAGAAACUUCUGAUAAUAAUAAUGCAAAAGAUGAAAAACAUACACAUAUUAUAGAGAAUUAUCGAGUCAUACAACCACUUAACGAUCGUGUCAUUCGUAAAUAUAGCACUACUCCAUCGAAAAUCAUAGAAAACCACUAAUUCGUGCAUAUCAUUGUCAGAGCCAUUUGCGGUCCGCAAAAGUAAGGCGCGAAGAAAAUGUAAACACUAAAUCGCAUAUUAAAUAUACAAAAAUUGGUCAAAUAUUCAUCACAGCUGGCAUGUGGGUACUAAACCUGGUUCAAAGAGUGCCAAACAUCUCUUGAAGGCAAAACAUCUGCACGUGAAAGGGGUUGCUAUUAUGAUGUUCAAGAUGAACUGCCGUUUACUUUCUUGCGCCCUAAAUGGCGGACGCUGUUAAAUUCUAUAAUUUUAUACAAAAAUUCAUCAAAUCUUAUCGAAAAUGAAGAUUCUCAGUAUAUAAUUUUAACUGAUUUUGACAUAGUUUGUUUUUUGACUCUUGAACAUUGGAACAAAUCUGAUUUUGGACCAUAUUUUUAAUUAAUUGUGAGGUCAAAAGAGCACCAUGAGAAAUCAUUUUCCAUAAGAUUAGAAAUUUUCAUCCGUAUAUCUAAUAAAAUAUGGAAUGUUUUUAUCGCUUUGGUGUUUUACUCAUAAUUUUAGCCACUAAGUGCCUAAAAAAAAAAAAAAAAAAAAAACAAUUUAC